AUGAGGUUGAAAGUAGUGGUUGCUGGUUAUGAUUCCCCAGUUGAUUAUAAAUUGUUGAAAACCACCAUCGCUACAGUUGGUUCCUUAAGAGAAAGGUCAAUUUUAAGAUUUAUUGAUCAAAGGUUAAUUGUUAUAUCUUCACCAAAAUCUUAUGCUAUAAAUAGAGGGAAUAAUAUAUUAACUGCUGAUGCUGGUCAAAUGUGGUGUUCUAUACCUAAAGAUGCUUUCCAAUUAUAUUCUGUAGAAUCUGCGAGAGAACAGAAUUGUAUAACUAUGGAGUACAAUUGCAGUUCUUUAUUAAGUGCUUUCAAGAGGUAUGAUAAGGCAAUGAGUCAAGGGUCGGUCUCUGAUAUGACAAUUAAACUUGAAGCUAUGCCUCAAUGGAAUAAAACUUCUGCUAAUGAUCAAAAUUCAGGAAAUUCUUCAGGUGGAAGGCAAUUUAUCCAUGCACUAAAGGUAACUUUUGAAGAGACAGUUCAUAUAAACGGUGCAGUCAGUGAGAUAGUGAAUAAUACAGUAAAUACAAAUAACAAAAAUGGUAGUAAAGGAGAUUAUACAACUAAUUUUGUAAUGUCAGGAAGUAAUAAAGUAAUAAGACAUUCUUUUCAAGUUCCAAUCUGUUUACUCCAUAAGGGACAGGAUGCAAAACUUCAGGAGCCAGUAAUAAAUAAUUCAAAACUUGUAAUGUAUAAGUUGCCAUCUAUAUCGGAAGAAUUUGGGAAUGCAUUCUACAGUUUUAUUAAAAGAAUAGAAAGAUACAGCUCUGUGACAAAUGUGCGAUUGAGAGGCAAACAUAAAAAGGAAUCUACUGAUGAGAAUAAAAAUGCAGAAUUUAAUUUAUUAAUUACAGAAGAUGACUGGAAUGUCAAUCUUAGUUGGAAUGGCCCACUUGAAAUCAUAGAUGAUAGCAAAGAAGAUGAAGAAGAUGAGAACAAUAGAGAUACUGUGAAUUCAAUCUCUGACACUAUUAGAAGUACCAAUCAAGUGAUAGAAAAUAGUAUGCAAAUAGAAAAUAGUAUGACUAUAGAAAAUACGAUUGAUCAAGAUGUUAGCUUAGAAAGAAAUAACGGGUAUAUACGAACAAACAAUGCAUUGGGAGAUGUCAUGACAAUGGUCGAGAAGGCAGAACAAGAAAAUUCAUCGAUCCAUGAAGUUAUAAUUAAGGUUAAAGACUGGAAAGUAUGUGGUAAAUUAUAUUCAGUUUUUGAAGAUGUCAUAUUAUCCAUUUCUCAUGAUGAAUCUUGUAUCUUUUAUUGUUCAUUAGAUAGAGAUGGGUAUGAUGACUAUGAGGCUGAAGCUGAGGAAGGUUACGAAGGUAAAGAGCGAGGACAGAUCAUAUAUUAUAUGGCACGAUCAAGACCCUUAUGA